UUUCGGACCGUACCAAGUGCGCUCUUCUUCCUGACUGUUGCAGGGGGGUCUGGCCCGCGGCGCCGGGGGCACGGUUGCUUUGUAGGGCAGUGUGACGAUACCGGGGCUCCUCGGAGUCCUUCUGUCUGUGUGACCUGCGCUCUCCCAUACGUGUACCCGAGGAGCGGGUCUUGCAGCACUGUGUCUAGGGCGGGUCCCCGCCCCCUGCCCCCCCCUCCCGGCUGAGGAGGUGGUAGGCUCCGGCAGGUUGCCGGUUGGCGCACGCUGCUCUUAUAAUGAAAUGUGAUGAGCGGAGAGAGGAGAUGGGAGCGCGGCGGCGGCGGCAGCAGCAGCAUGUACAGCAGCGAGCAGCGCGCCGGCAGCCCGGAGCCGCUCAUCAUGCCCUACUCUGCCGAGCUCAUCUUCUACAUCGAGAUGGACACCCCGCCGCCAGCUCUCCCCCCUAAACCCGUGAAGCCGAUGUCGAGUCCUGCGUAUAACGGCGGCGGACAGGACUCGGUGCUGCCCCUGGAGGACGCGGAGUGGUACUGGGGGGACAUCUCUAGGGAAGAAGUGAACGAGAAGCUGCGGGAUAUGCCGGACGGGACCUUCCUGGUUCGUGACGCUUCCACCAAGAUGCAGGGAGAUUACACGCUCACCCUCCGGAAGGGUGGAAACAACAAAUUGAUAAAGAUUUACCACGGAGACGGGCGGUACGGCUUCUCCGAUCCGCUGACCUUCACGUCGGUCGUGGAGCUGAUCCACCACUACAGGCACGAGUCUCUGGCCCAGUACAAUCCCAAGCUGGACGUGAAGCUGCUGUAUCCGGUGUCGCGCUACCAGCAGGACCAGCUGGUGAAGGAGGACAACAUCGACGCCGUCGGGAAGAAGCUCCAGGAAUAUCACGGUCAAUUUCAGGACAAGAGUAAGGAGUACGACGGACUGUAUGAGGAGUACACCAAGACGUCUCAGGAAAUUCAGAUGAAGAGGACGGCCAUUGAAGCGUUUAAUGAGACAAUUAAGAUCUUUGAGGAGCAGUGCAAUUCCCAGGAGCGCUACAGUAAGGAGAUCCUGGAGCGCUUCCGGCGGGAGGGCAAUGAGAAAGAGAUGGAGAGAAUAAUAAUCAAUUAUGAGAAGCUGAAAUCUCGAUUGGGGGAAAUUCACGACAGCAAAGUGCGACUGGAGCAGGACCUGAAGAAUCAGGCGCUGGACAACCGGGAGGUGGACAAGAAGAUGAACAGCAUCAAACCCGACCUGAUCCAACUGCGCCGGAUCCGAGAUCAGUACCUGGUGUGGCUCAAUCACAAAGGAGUGCGGCAGAAGCGCAUCAAUGAAUGGCUGGGAAUCCAGAGCAGGAAUCCUGAUGAGCCGUACUUCCCGUGUGAGGAGGAGGAGGAGGGUCUGCCCCACCAUGAUGAGAAGACCUGGUUUGUUGGGGAUGUAAACCGGAUACAAGCAGAGGAGUUACUCCAUGGAAAGCCCGACGGCGCCUUCCUGAUCCGCGAAAGUAGCAAGAAGGGCUGUUACGCCUGCUCCGUUGUGGCGGCGGGUGACGUCAAGCACUGCGUCAUUUACAGCACCUCUCGCGGCUUCGGCUUUGCAGAGCCAUACAAUCUCUACGGCACGCUCAAGGAGUUGGUGCUCCACUACCAGCACACGUCCCUCGUCCAACACAACGAUUCCCUGAACGUGCGGCUGGCCUACCCCGUCCACGCGCCCUCCCUCUGCAGAUAAGCGGCGCCCCGCUGGAUCUUUUCUACGGUUUUUACUAGAACUUCGAGGGCAUUCUUUCUACUUAGACUGCUUGUUUUGCACAAGAAGUGAAUUUGUGAGAUCGGAGGGCUCCCGCUGUCUUGUGAGGGUCCCGGCCGACGUCACCGGACAUCGCUCGCGUCACCGCCGUCCACUCAAGGAGCAUGAGAUUUGGGAAAGAAGACCAAAGGAUUCUCCAGAUUCACUUUUCCUGUCAGGAAACACAUGACUAAUAAAGUUGCUUUAUUUUUCCAACCAUGAAGGUUUUGGCUUCCAGCGCAGGAGCUCUUCACCUGAGGAACAUCCAUGGACUUAACCAAAACGUUGUUGCUGGACUGAGCACUUACGUGGGGAGCGCGUGGCGCCUGCACAC